AUGUCUAAUACUCUUAAGGUUUCGAAGCCACAAUAUGAGCAGAAAUUUCGAAAUGCAUGGUUGCAUAACCCUUUAUUCAAGGACUGGCUAAUUGCAGUAAAUUCGACAAAUGGAAUUGUUGGAAAGUGCAAAGCCUGUAAUAAAAUUGUAACAAGCAGGUAUGUUUCUCUCAAGGAUCAUGGAAAUUCCAAGCAACACAAGACAAAUCUAAAUAUCGUUCUGGGACCGAAGGCCAAUCCAAAAAUACCAUUUACCUCGCUGGAUGCAGUGAACAAUGCAAAAGAGGUCGAGGGAAGAUUGUAUCUGUUUAUCGCCGCUCAUACCUCCAUCAGAACGAUUGAUCACCUCAACGAUAUUUACAAAGUCUAUUUUAGUGGUGUCAACUCAGCCGAUUAUUUGCAACUGCACCGUACGAAAUGUUCCAACAUAAUUAAAAAUGUCAUUUGUCCUUAUUUUAUUGAAAACUUAAAAGAAGAUAUCGGAUCAAGUCCCUAUAGUUUAAUUAUUGAUGAGUCAACCGACAUUUCCGUACAAAAAUAUCUUGGUAUAAUAAUUUACUAUAGCGAAAAUACAAACAAAAUCGUAUACACUUUCCUCGACCUUGUGCCUUUGAUCAAUUGUGAUGCAGAUUCAUUGAUUGAUUGCAUAAAAGCAACCUUGCAUAAAUUUAAUUUGGAUUUACAAAAACUGAGGGGUCUUGGUACAGAUAACGCUUCUGUCAUGCUUGGUGUUAACAAUGGCGUCUUCCACAAACUUAAAUCUGAAGUUCCACACUUAAUUUUAAUUAAAUGUUUAUGCCAUUCAUUGCAACUUGGCGUCUGCCGCUGCAAAGGAAUGCCUACCAAGAAAUUUAGAGUUCAUUAUACAAGAAACGUAUAA